AUGGACGAUGAAAUGAGUUUGAUAGGAGAUGGUUCCACUUCACAUGUAUUGCCAACCAUUAAUGGAAAAAAUAAAGAUCUUGUGUCUAUCUCACAUGAAACGAUGGCUGACGUAUUAAAUGGAGUAUAUGAAGAGUCGGUACAAGAAUGCACAGUUAUUGACUGCAGAUAUCCUUAUGAAUAUGAGGGUGGUCAUAUCCAGGGUGCUCUUAAUCUUUACACUCAACAACAAAUAUCAGAGUUUAUUAAAUCUCAACAACAAAAACAGACAACUGACAGUCUCAAACAUAUUUUGGUCUUUCAUUGUGAAUUUUCAUCAGAAAGAGGACCUAAAUUAUUAAGAUAUUUAAGAAGCUUAGAUCGUAAAGAAAACAGUCAUCGUUAUCCAUAUCUUGACUUCCCUGAAAUUUACAUCUUAGAAAAAGGCUACAAAGUUUUCAGUGAAAAUCAAAUGCAUUUGUGCGAGCCACAGGGAUAUACACCAAUGUUACAUAAAGACUAUUCCUCCGAUUUAAGACGAUUCCGAAUCCGAUCCAAAUCCUGGACAGAAGGAGAAAGAAAAUCCAAGAUCCGAAGAUCAUUAAUGUCACCUUAUUAA